CGUCCUCGUGUGUUCGCAUUCCGUAUAAAAAUUGUGACAAAGACACAGAGAUUAGAGCCUCAACAACGACUAGGCAGUGAUGGCGAAUGGAGUGGAAGAUGAACAUUUUUCGUAUGCUAUGGAACUAGUGAAUUCCUCAGUGCUACCAAUGGCUUUGUAUGCAGCGAUUGAGUUGGAGGUUUUUGAGAUUUUAGCCAAGGCAGGUAAAGGUGCCAGAUUGUCCUCUUCUGAGAUUGCAAAACAAAUGCCUACCAAAAACCCAGAUGCUCCUAUGAUGAUUGAAAGGAUUCUCAAUCUUCUGGCUUCCCACUCUGUUGUUGCUUGCUAUGUUGAUGAUGAUGGUCAUGGAUCUGGAUCUGGGUUAUUUCGGAGACUCUAUGGGUUGACUCCUGUGACUAAAUACUUUGUCAAGAAUGAAGAUGGUGUUUCAUUGGGACGAUUGAUGGCUUUGAUUCAAGACAAAGUCUUUUUGGAAAGCUGGAGCCAGUUGAAAGAUGCAGUUCUUGAAGGAGGAAUUCCAUUUAACCGGGUGCACGGAAUGCACGCCUUCGAUUACCCAGGCAAGGACUCCAGGUUCAAUCAAGUGUUCAACACAGCAAUGGUAAACCACACAACCAUAGUUGUGAAACAGAUCCUUGAAAAAUACGAAGGGUUUGAGAAACUCAACAAGGUAGUUGAUGUUGGUGGUGGUCUUGGUGUCACUUUGAGCCUUAUCACCUCCAAAUACCCUUCUAUUGCUGGUAUCAACUUUGACCUUCCUCAUGUUAUACAACAUGCUCCAUCAUAUCCUGGGGUGGAACAUGUAGGAGGAGACAUGUUUGAAAGUGUUCCAAAAGGAGACGCUAUUUUCCUGAAGUGGAUACUGCAUGACUGGAGUGAUGAACACUGCUUGAAGCUAUUGAAGAAUUGUUACAAUGCAAUUCCUGAUGAUGGAAAGGUAAUUGUUGUAGAGGCAAUACUUCCAAUCAUCCUCGAGACUAGUUUUACCGUGCGAGCUACUUCUGCGUUGGAUGUGCUAAUGAUGACUCAGAAUCCUGGAGGAAAGGAGAGAAAUCAAACAGAGAUCAUAGAGUUAGCAACUGGAGCUGGAUUUAAGGGGGUCGGAUUUGCGUGCUUUGUCUGCAACUUUUGGGUUCUGGAGUUUUUCAAGUAGAUGAUGUACUUGGUGAUUCUCUAGUUGGAUCGUUUCUUAUGAUAAUAAUCAACCUCUUUUAACAUUUCUUGUCUCAACUGGUUAUUGCUUGCUUUGAUUAUAAGUUUAAAUGUGUUUCCUUGCAAA